UUUUCCUGUCUUCAGUGUUCCCAUUUCCUUAUGCAUAUAUGCAUAGGGAGACUAAAUUGCCGACCAGAAAAGAAAAGAAAGACAAACAUGCCUUCACUCGCUGUCUCACUGCUGCUGGCGCUGCUCCGCCUCGUGCUCGCCGCCCCAUCGGCCCAAUGCGACCUCCAUCACGCGACCUCCUGCCCCGGUCUGACGCCCAAGAAGCUCGUCUUCGUGCUCGCGGGGCAGAGCAACAUGGCCGGGCGGGGCGGCGUCUCACGCGACCUAUGGGACGGGGCCGUGCCGCCGCAGUGUCGCCCGAGCCCCUCCAUCCUGCGCCUAAGCGCGCGCCUCCGCUGGGAGGUGGCGCGAGAGCCCCUCCACGCCGACGUCGACGUCAACAAGACCUGCGGCGUGGGCCCCGGCAUGGCCUUCGCCCACGCGAUCCUCUCCUCCGUGUUCUGGGCAGCGAGGCCGCCGCCGGUGAUCGGUCUGGUGCCGUGCGCGGUCGGCGGGACCAGGAUAGAGGAGUGGGCGAAGGGCACGGCGCUGUACGAUGGCUUGGUGCGGCGGGCGAGGGCGGCGGCGGGGAAGCUGGGAGCGGUGCUGUGGUACCAGGGGGAGAGCGAUACGGUGUCCCGCGAGGACGCGGAGGCGUACAGGGCACGGAUGGAGAGGCUGAUACUGCAUCUCCGGUCGGAUCUCGAGAUGCCGGGGCUUCUCUUGAUUCAGGUUGCUAUCGCAUCAGGUGAAGGAAACUUCACAGAGAUAGUGAGGAAGGCUCAGAAGGAUAUAUGUCUUCCCAGUGUUGCAUGUGUUGAUGCCAAAGGAUUGCAACUUGAGGCUGACCAUCUGCACCUCACCACUUCGGCUCAAGUUCAGCUGGGUGAGAUGUUAGCUGCUACCUAUUUAACUCAUGCCAUGUCCAAAUAACUCUAGUGUGAAACACAACAUUUGUUUUAUGAUUGGACAAAGAACAUCUGCAUGAUGGUUGGGAAAUAUGUUCAAAACAAUAUUUUCAUUGUGUUGGCCCUGAAAAGAUUAGUGUUUUCAGAUGUGAGAUAAGUUGUGGAGACAAACUACACUUCAAUCAUUGUCGGUUGUACAGGAGAUGAGUUGUGGAGAUUGUUUGAAGAUUCCUUCUGGUGUUCCCUUUAGUACGGGGAUGACUAAGUAAUUAGGUCAAUGGAGUAGAGAGAUUUAUGCAGAUUAGUAUUAAUUUUUUGAUAAUGUCAUUUAUCUAAAAACUUGAGCAUGUAAUGAGA